AUGGUGCGCCCCGGGGAGGUUCGCGGGGCGGCGGCGGCGGUUCCGCCGUCCGAGUCCGCGUUCACCCUGGACGUGGGAUCCGCCAUGUUCAAGUCCGCGGCGUCCAAAUCCCGCGGCACCGACGGCGAAGCCUCCGCCGACGACACCGCGGGCCCCGCGGAUGUGGCCAACAUGAAGGACCUCGAGGAGUUCGAGGGUUGGACCUUGCCUGCGGAGGACGGCGCCGACGACGGCGGGCCACCCAACGCGGUGCCGUCCUACGCCGGUAACUUCACGACCCCGGUGUGGUCGUUGAGUAGCAUGCGGUUCCGCCACGCCAUUCGCGACGGGGGCGAACGCGCGGAGCGGCUCUUCGACGAGAUGCUGCGGGGCGCGGAGAAGAAGAUUGCGGACGCGGAGCGGCGCGCCGAGGCGGCCGAGUCCCUCGCCAACGAACGCCAGCUGAACGCGUCGCUCAACGGCGCGAGCGACCCGAGCCCGAGCCGCGGCCCACACGCGGAGGGACCCCCGGAAGGAAAGCCGAAGAACGCGAACCGGGUCCCGAACGCGUUCAGUCGAGGACACCCGGGCGCCGUGGAUCACGACAACGAGCGGAGCCUCGAGACGGGCAGCGGCGGCGGCAGCCCGCGGGUCCGGCUCCCGCCCCUCGAGUUCCCCCCGACGCUCGCCACGCAGAGCGGCGGGUCGCUGCCGGGAGAGGCGACCGCGCCGUUGGCUCCCGCGUCGGGAAGGCCGCUCAGCGCGAGGGACCACGAACGAAUCGACGGUGGGGACGAAUCGACGGAUGGACGCCGAAUGGACGACCGAACCGAUCGUCGAGCCGCGGCGGAGUCGUCGACGCGAUCGUCCGCCGUAUCAGCGCCGGUUCGGAGUCGCCCCGAGUCGCCCGGGACGAAACGCCCGGAAACGCCCGGCGACGCUGACGACGUCGAUGUCGUCAACAUCGGCGGCGCCGCGUUCGGUUUCCGUCGGCCCGCGUGGAGCCUGACCAGCAUGGCGGCGCGACACCGGCGAGUGAACCGGGGGGCUGUGAGCCGGGUGGAGAACUCGACACCGGCGGGCGAUAGGGACGGGGACGGGGACGGGGAUGAAAAGUCGGCACCCGGGGACGGGGACGGGGACCCCGCCGCGUUGGCGCGGCGGCUCGCGGCGACGCUGCGGACGAUUGACGAGGCGGUUGGGGACCAUCGGGGGGACGCGAGGACGGCGAUGAGGCUCGUUCGCGACGCGCUCGCCGACGCAAAGCCAAGCGUCGACGCCGUCAAGAGGCUAUAG